AUGAAGAAACUUUCCAUUCUCUUCCUUUUUCUUCUUCCUCUCUUAGCCUCAUGUGUGGAGAAACAGGUCUACAUAGUGUACUUUGGAGAGCAUAAAGGAGAUAAAGCAUUACAUGAAAUAGAAGAAACUCAUCGCUCAUAUUUAUAUGGAGUGAAACAAACUGAAGAAGAAGCUAGAACCUCUCUUCUUUACAGCUAUAAGCACAGCAUCAAUGGCUUCGCCGCAUUGCUAACCCCAGAUGAAGCCUCCAAGCUGUCAGAGUUGAAAGAAGUGGUUUCAGUGUUUAAAAGCAACCCAAUAAAGUACUCAGUGCAAACUACGAGAUCAUGGAGAUUUGUAGGCUUGGAAGAAGAAGAGGGGCAUCACAUAAAUCACGGCUUUGACGAUGGCAGAGACCUACUAAAGAAAGCAGGAUACGGAAAACAAGUCAUUGUUGGGCUCAUAGACAGUGGUAAAAAUAAUACUGACCAAUAA